AUGGCGGCUUUGGGAAUACCGUUGUUUGCCAAGUUGUGGUUUAUUUUAACGGCACCUUUACUUUUAAUCGAUGCCACUUUUGUUUUUACCCGAUCCUCCUCAACUGGUGUGCCACAUCCGUUAGCAGACACACCACCAUUCAAUUUAUGGGUGUUGUACUCCACCUACGAUCGUCGGUACGCUCCAAACGACGAUGCCUUCGUUGUGUUGCAGAGCUGUAUGAAUAUUUUGGAGGCUGCACUUGGUCUUUUUGCGUUUCUGCUCGCUGAAAGAGGGAAAGCCAUUGCAAGCCUCAAACUGGCCCUUGUUGUGGGUGUCAUGACCCUCUACAAGACGCUGAUGUAUUUUUCGUUGGAGGCUAUUGAGGGUGGGAAGUAUACAAAGCACAACUCCACAUUUGACGCACUAAUGAUGAUUGCGCUGCCAAGCUCAUUGUGGAUCAUCGUGCCGGCAGCGAUAAUUUUGCAGUGCAGUUGUCGCCUUCCUAUUGCCGCUUCAGGGAGGACGGUAGCUCCGCAAGGAAAGAAGAAAAAUAUGUAG